GGCUGAAAAGUCCUAGCUUUUCUUACAUCCGUCCAUAUAUUGAACAUUUUGAGUUUUAUGUAACUAGUUCUCUACAUCUGGAACCAUAUCAAUUGUCCAUUGAUUCACAAUGCUGGGAAGAAGGACCUCGCCUCAGGAUGUACUUAAAGCUUUUCCCUGUGGUCGGUGUCAACCACACAUUUAAUGAAAGUGAGGUGCUUCGUAUCCGUGACAUUUUUGGAGAUUGGAAUUUUCCUGGAAAUAACUUUUUUGGACCUUAUGAACUUCUUAAUUUCACUCUUCUUGGCCCAUAUUCAUAUAUCAAGUUUGCUUCUGAAGGCAAGGUUACAAAAAAGAGUGUGCUUAUAGCUUGUAUUGCUACCGCUGCUAUUUUUGCUGCAACAAUUACUACGAUUGCUACUAUUUUAAUUUUAAGAAGGCAUGCUAGAUAUCGAGGAGCCAUAUUAAGGAAGCACUUCUCCCCAAAGCUCUGUAUCAAAAUUGAUGGUGUUAAAAGCUUCAGCUUUAAACAAAUGGCAUUGGCUACUCGUAAUUUUGAUGGCUCAACUCAAGUUGGUGAAGGUGGUUAUGGGAUAGUUUACCAGGGAAAUUUAGCUGACAAAACAGUUGUAGCUAUCAAGAGAGCAAAAGAAGGGUCCUUGCAAGGACAAAAGGAAUUUUUGAUAGAAAUAGAAAUAUUGUCAAGGUUACAUCACCGCAACCUCGUUUCACUGGUUGGAUAUUGUGAUGAAAAAGGGGAGCAGAUGCUAGUUUAUGAGUUCAUGCACAAUGGCACACUGCGAGAAUGGCUUUCGGAAAAAAGCAAUCAAAGUUUGACGUUUGGAGCACGAUUACGUAUAGCGCUUGGUGCAGCUAAGGGUAUUCUUUACCUCCACACUGAAGCUCACCCUCCAAUAUUCCACAGAGAUAUCAAAGCCAGUAACAUACUCCUAGACUCUAAACUCACAGCAAAAGUUGCUGAUUUCGGACUGUCACGGCUUGCACCUGUCAUAAAUGAUGAAGGGAUGCUACCCAACUACGUAUCCACAAUUGUGAGGGGAACACCUGGUUACGUUGAUCCUGAAUAUUGCCUUACUCACAAGUUGACCGAUAAAAGUGAUGUUUACAGCCUUGGGGUGGUAUUUCUGGAGAUCUUGACAGGCAUGCGUCCGAUAUCCAAUGGUAAAAAUAUUGUUCGUGAGGUCAACAUGGCACAUCAAUCUGGAAAAAUCUUAUCCAUUCUGGACAGUAGAAUGGGUUCUUACCCCUCAGAGUGUGCAGAGAGGUUUGUAGCAUUGGCACUAAGGUGCAGCAAUGACAAUCAGGUAGAAAGGCUACCAAUGCUUGAAGUGGUCAGGGAACUAGAGGCCAUUCUUGGCAUGAUGCCGGAUGAGGAAGUUGAGACACCAAAUUCUAGCAAGAAGUUAGAUGGAAUGUUGUCAUCAAUAAGUUCAGAUACGGCAGGAAAUUCAACGGGUUCUUCCCACUUCUGAAGCAGACUUGGUCAGUGGCGUUACAUUCCCCAUCACAGCUCACAAACAUCUGUAUAAAUUACAAGCCUCGUACAUCAGGGUACAGAUAGAUUAGGAGAUAAUGUCGUUAUUGCAGUUGUAAAGCCUUCUUUGUUACUCCUGCCUCAAUGUAUUUGUCUAGAUUUCGCCUUAUGAUAAGAAAGUGGUUAUAAUGCA